AUGGAUAUCAGUAGGUCGACGCCUGUUGAAGGUUCCCCAUUCCCAUCGCUCAGGAAGAUCCAAAUCACACUAACUAGAAAGCGUGGUUUGGUAUCACAAGAGAUCGACGCGGAUGAAGGAAAUACCAAAGAAUCUUUCAGUCUCUCCAACAAGGAACCGCGACUGGCUCCAAUCACAGAAUUGUUCCAAACGGGCGUGCGUUCCAUCCUAGCCAACAAUGUCUCAGCAGUUCCAUUCUCAUUGGCUUAUAUGCAAUACAUCUGCGAGUCUUUCUAUAUGAACAAAGAUUGGGCUUCGGAAGUGUUUGAUUCAAUCUCUAAAAGCUUUGCGGAUGAUUUUAUGCCCUUAGCUAGAUCGGAUUUGCUUGAUGGACAUGCUUUUGAAAACUGCAUUGUCAGGUUCAACGACUGGAAACAGAGAUUGACGCGACUUCACGAAGUUUUAAUCUCUUUAGAUGAAUCUACAACGCUACGCUUGCCCGAUAUCAAAAGACGCAGAAUUAUCCCAUUUGGAUUAGACCUGUUCUCUGCCGCGUUUCUAGAUUCAAACAAGACAAGUAAUUUGGAUGUGCGGGUCGCCGACCCGUCUGAAAAUCCAACUCGCACCAAAAUAUUACUAUCCAUGAAAGACAGUUUAUUCCGUGAAGACUCGCACGAGCUGCUGUUAUCGUUCCAACAAAUGGUUCACGAAAUCGAAUCCUUUCAGAAAGAGUUCUACGGCUUUUCGAAAUUGCGCUUAAACCCAGUUUUUGAACAAGCAAUCCGUCAACUUCUCAUUGCAACCAAAGAAGAAUCAAUCCGCGAUCCUACAGCGUACAUGAACCAAGCCAGCUUGAUACACAAUUAUUUGGAAACCUAUAAGGAUCUGUUUGGGGAUAGCUGGCUAUCCCAGGAGCAGUUACAGAGUUUGGAAAACAUACUUAUUGGAGAACCGGUGAUAACUGCAAAUCCACACAUUAUUGAAGCAGCUUAUGGUAUACCAUGGAAUAUGGAGAUAGCAGGCAAGUUGAUCCAUCUCAAUCAAUCCAAUGGUGUUGAUUGGCUUGUCGGACUCAUCAGGAAGCACAGUUUGGACAAGUAUCAAAUGUACCUAAACCAAAGCAUCGAAAACAAGGAACUGGUGUCGGCAUUAUUCGAUGUCUACCGUCAACUCGAUAACAAUUACCGAAGCUCAUUACAGAGAGAUGGUGAUGGAUUUGCUCGAGGCAUUAUUGUGGACUCGUUGGAGAAGACUCCUGGUGGUCCAAUUAAGUUAUGCGAUUUGCUACUGAAAUACAUCGAAACAACUUUAGGUAGACCAAGACCCCAAGAUAUGGCCCUUUUGCAGAAAUUGGGAUCAGGAAUCUACGAUCUGGCAAGAAUUGAUGCCGACAAUAAGAUCACGACAGUGCUCAGUUUUGCUCCGUCAACCAGGCAGUAUUUUUUUGACAAGUACAAAAUACAGCUCUCAAGGCGUCUAUUGCGCGGGAGUGCAUUCUUCUUGAACAGAGACCUUAAAUGGGAGUGGUUGCAACUGGAGAAGCGAUUGAUCAGAAAGUUUGAAGAGAUGUUUGGUGAGGAAUAUACCUAUUCCUUGAAAGACAUGGUCAAAGGUAUUGAAAAGUCCGAGGAAGAAUGUUUUGGAUUUCUUGAACUGCACGAGGCUUCAUCUACAAAUAAGGUAGAUGUUGAUCUGAGUCUUGUUGGGGGUGAGUCGUGGCCUCGUGUGCCGGAUAACCAACCAGUCAUCAUCCCGCAACAAUUGCAACCACUAUUCGGUGAAUAUGAAAUGUACUUCAAAGAUGCACAUCCAUCGCGAAAGAUGGAAUGGAAGUACCAUUUCCAGCGAAUUGUUAUCUCCGUUCAAUUUGACGAGACACGGCCGGAGUCUCAGUUAGUGGAAUGCUCCAUUUAUCAGGCAGCUAUAAUUUUGGCGUUUGAAAACGAGAAGACGCUCUCGUUUGAACAGCUCCAGAAGCUAACGGGAAUGCGAUCUGCCUUCUUGAAGACUAAUCUAGAUUCACUGGCAAGUUCCAAGUAUCAGAUUUUGAUCUCCGAUGGCAGCUAUAGUAUCAACGAAUCAUUUGACAACCGAAAGAAGCUGCUCAGACUUCCAAUCCUGAUGGGUGGCGAGUCAAGCGCAGUGGCAAGCUCACGGUCUUCGGAUAAUCGGUCGAAGGAUUGGGAUUCGGCCAAAAUCGAGGCAUAUAUUGUCACCACAAUGAAAGCAGAAACCACCAUGAAACAUGAUUCAUUAAUGUUGAAAGUCUUGGAGUAUAUGAAAGAUAGAAAACUCUACGACGCCAAUGCUGUUGCAUUUGUCAAGACCAUAUUUGCAAAGUUGGUCAACGAGGAAUAUCUUCGGCGAGAAGAGGAUGAUAGUUAUGUAUCCAUGUUAUUAGAUCUUGACAAUGAUCUUGGCGACCGGAUAACAGAGGCGGUUCUGCGUGAGUACGAGCGACCGUCAAAGCUAGAAAACAAACAUCUCGCCCAGUUUCGUAAUGCAAUUCCCAAGAAUACUGAGACAACAGUGCUAGCCAGUGUGGUUGGAAUAACUAGCAGUGUUCGGAAUCAGGAUACCAACAAAAGACGCAAACAUGAUUCGUCACUGGACGUUCAGGUGAUGACCCUGUGUACUGGGAUGAAGACUGUUCCUGCAGCUCGAAUUGAGUACAGUGAAGGUAAACUGGUGCAUGAUUCUCAUGCCGAAAUUCUAUGUCUUCGACUAUUCAACUGGAUGCUUUUAAAGGAAAUGAAACGUUUGAAAGAUGGCGGACAGUCUGAUUGGAUUCAGUGGAAUCAGGAAACAGAGAAGUUUUGUCUUUUGCCAAAUGUUCAGUUUGCUCUUUAUGUCAGUGAGAUUCCUUGCGGAGAUGCUUCGUUGGAGAAUUUGGCUGAUGAUCUACCUGACAAAACUGGUUGGAAGAACGUAGAAGUCAUUGAUGGAGUCAUCAGGGGGAGGGAUGGGGUAGAUCAACUUGGAGUGGUGAGGACCAAACCAGGACGAAAAGACUCUCCACUAUCACUUUCCAAAUCGUGCUCCGACAAGCUCUGCUUGAAGCAGUUUACAUCCAUUUUGAACAGCUUGACGUACGAUUUAUUCGAACAAAAGAUCUUCUUGAGCUAUUUAGUGCUGCCGAGGGACAGAAUGCAUAAUACGGCACUGGAGAGAUGUUUUGAGAGACGCAUCCAAUUUUCUCCAAAAGUAUCAAGCUUUUUCCAUCCAAUAUGCAUCUUAUCUACUGCUAAGAGUCCAUCGUUUUCCGGGCCCAAAUCAAGCGAUCUGUCCGUGCUUUACUGUCCGUCGGAGAGCUUUUUGCAAGUGCUAAAUAAAGGCGUUCGAAACGGGUGUCCAUCGAAGAAGAAAAUUCAAGACGGCCAUGAAAGCGUGGUCUCACGGAAAGCCAUGGCCCUGUUGGCAUUGCCUCUGCUGAGGGAUAACUAUGACAGUUACCAAGAUCUUAAAGAUCGCGCAGGAAUUGUUACGUGCAAGCGACUAGCACGUGAAGCCAUUGGUAACUGGGGUCGUUGCAACAUUGAUAAUUUUGCGCUCAGUCCUGUAUAA